CCGCAUUGCGCAUUGGCGAUUUUAAUUCUGGAAUAUAAUCGGAAAAAUUAUGCGGCGAACUAAUUUUUAAAAAAUUUAAUAUAUAAAAAGUAGUUAUUUGUAUGUAGAAAAAGUAUUUAACUCAAAGAAUUGCAAAUGUUCAAUUCCAUAUUUAAUCUUAAAAACGUACUAAGGCAGUUACACUACUGGUAAUUUUGGUACAAAUGGCCCAAAUAAUGAUGGUUAAUAUUUAUCAAUACAUGGUUGUUUCUUUCUUGGUGCUACUGUGCUUGGCUCUCGAAGCCUCAAAGACAAAGAGCCAAUCAAAGCAUAAUGAUGUACUCACAACUUUGCAUAAACCUAAAGGUUUUUAUUCUGAGCAAAAUACUAUCAGGAGCAUACUUCCAUCUUUUAUCAGAAGCAUACCUCCAUCUUCUACGAAUUUUAAAGGAGAGAACUUAAGUCCAAAGCCAAUGUUAAAAUCGGUAUUUAACAUAAACCGCUUCUUUAGAAGUAAUAAUGAAAUUUCAAAGAAACACUUGUUAAAAAGUAGUAUUUUAAAAUGUACAACAGAUGAAUGUGAAAAAAAUAAAAAAGUUGAAGGUGGUAAAAGCUUGAUAGAAGACGAUAUGCCAAAUACUGUGUUGCCUAAUCCUAAUAUUUACGGUGGAUUUCCUGAAAAUGAUAUUUGGGGUAAUUUUGAAUUGCCUCCUCCUUCUAUUAUUCAUAAGUUGAAACAGCAACUUAAAGCAGCGCCGUUUUAUCAUAAACAAGAUUACGGAGUAAAUCAAGAAUCUACUGAUCCAGGCUAUAGUUAUGAGAAUAGAGCAUUUCCAGAGUAUGAUUUUAAGGAAACUCCAUCAUUUCUACAGCUAAUGCAACACAACAGCAAAAGCAAUGCUCCCGGCUCAGCACCUUCAUUUUCUGGUUCACUACUGACAACUUCUGACUGCAAUCCGACUGAUUCGAGUUGUCGCCAUAUUAAAUUAAAAAACUGCGAAUAUUUUUUAAAACUUUGUGAUAUCACUUCCAAACACACAAAGCAAGGAGAGAUCGAAAAAGAAGGUCCAUGUGCAUCAAAAAUUUUAGAAAUGUUUGGCUGCCGGUCAAAAAUAAAAAAAGGAAACAAGCUCCAACAAGCUACAUUAUCUCAUUUGAAUUCAGUUCCAAUGGAAAAGUUGAAAGACCCUGCAAAAUUACUUGAAAACAAGAAAAUAAACGACUCCGCAAUAUAUCUUUCCGAAACGUCCGCAGAUUCUACAUUGAACUCAGUUCUGAAUAUUGAAAACGAAAUUAAUAAAUUUAUGAAAGAACUAAAAAAAGAAAAAUCUAACGAUGUUAAAGAAAGCACAAAUGUGUUACAACAAGAAGUUGCAAAAAACACCUCAAAAAAUCUAUAUAAUGGGGACGUUUUAAAAAAUAAGGAAAGCAAAGAAAAUGAAACAAACUUUUUAAACACUACUGAUACGGAGAAUUCCCUCGUUAAUAAUACGGACAAAAAUGAUGGAAUGUUCCCUGAAGAUGAUUCAGGUGCACGAAUGUUUUCAGACUGGUCGAGCUGGUCUAAAUGUUCUUGUUUACGUGGAUCAGUUAUGCGAAGAAGAAAUUGUCUUCUUAUGCAGUGUACAGGAGCUACAGAGGAAAGAAAACCUUGUAACAAAACGCAAUGUCCACGAAAUGCCACUUUUCAUUUGAAUGAAUUAAACACACUAGAAACAAUGUUAAACAAUUCGUCAAACAGCGUAAUAAAAGGUUUAAAGAACAACUCAUCAAAUAAUUCAUCCAGUGAUAAAAUUAAUUACAACUUAACAGACUAUCAAACUUUAAACAACAUGAGCUCACUACUCUCAGCUCAAGCUUCUAUGGUUAAUGAAUCAUCAGCACCUAUUGCUAUACCUAAACCCAUUAAUGUGAAUGUAAAAUCUGUAGACAAAGAGAUGGAAAAUAUUAUUAAUGUAACUAGCGAGUCUGCUGAAAUUUCAACAAGUGAUUCUGCUAGAACACGUUCUUCAAAAAAAGUAGAAGAAGAUUUUAUUGUAAAUAGUUUAAUUUCUCAUUUAGCAUCAGACAUGGCUCAAUCUCAAGAUAGCUACAUUACGUUACCAACAGAUAUAAGUUUAGAAUUUUUACCUGCCGGAAGCAAUAUAACAAAAAGUCAAAAAAAUUUUGUAAGCACUUUUAAAAAUUCUUCUGGAACUCAUUCAUUAAAAAACAGCGACGACGAUGUUGUAGUCGAUAAGCUUAUUUCCCGAUUUGAAUCUAAAUUGACUCAAGAGAAUAAUGUUAAUUCGCCUAAAAACAUUGCUUCAAAAUCUUUCCAAUUUAAUAACAGUAAAAUUUUAACUGAAAGUCAGCAUAGUCGAGCCAAGACUAAUCUAAAUAGCUUAAAAAAACCUGAACAAGAUGAAUCAGCAUCAUUUAUACAAAAUUCUGUUCAUAACAGUACAGAAUCUGCUGACGAUAUUGCUUCAGCUAUUGUCAGCCUUCUGAGUAAAAAGAUUGCAGAAAAUCAAUUUGAUUUUUUAUCUAAAAAUAAUAAACUUUUAGAAGCUAAAAAGCGAUUGUCGUAUAACAUCAAAAGCUGUGACUGUAGUAACCAAUUAAUUAAACCUUGCGUUGGACCUAUAAAACAUAUAUGUUUAGAACCAUCAAAAGCAUGUCAAAAUUCCUCUUGUCAAGUUCAUCUGAAAAUAACUGAAUCUGGAAAUGAAUGUCUCUCGCUACUAAAUGGGUACCGAAAAAGACACGGUGCUAUAGGUCUAAAGUGGUCACACGACCUGUACAUUAAAGCUUUAGAUAUUGGUAGACGGAUUGCGUUUCAAAAAAUACCGUCAAAGAAUUUAGUCUAUUUAGAAAAACCCGGAGUUAAUAUAGGUUAUGUAUUUCAUAACAAAAGUUUCUUUAAAACACCAUGCGCUAAAACACUUGAAAACUGGUAUUCUCAAAAAGAUAACUUUCAUUAUGAAAAUCCUAAGAUUACCAUGAAUAACCAAGAAUUUAUCCAAAUGAUAUGGAAGUCUUCAGAAAGAGUUGGUAUAGCCCAAGCUGAAUCUGUAGACAAAACAAUAACUUAUGUUGUUGCAGUUUUUGACCCAGCAAGAAAUAAAAAUUCUGAUACUCAAGCAAAUUUAAAGCACCCAUCUAUUAUGCCAGUUGCUGAUAUUGUAAUUGAUUUAAAUACUACGAUGAAAAAAUCAACUCUCGCUAGAACAAACAAUUGAGUUACUUUUACUUCACUUUGUGAGACCAGCCAACUAUUUAAAAUAGGUGAAAGGCUCUUACACUAUUAAAAAUAAAUAAAAUAAACUGCUAAAAAAUAUUUUUGAACAGACACAAAUUAUUUUUUGAUAUUUUAAAAUAAAU